AUGGGUUCACUCGAUAAUAGGAGACAGCUUCGUUAUUUUUCUCCGAAAAUAAUUUUUCAUGAACCAAUUCAUCGUGACGAGUCGAGCUACUUUAACCACACGUACUAUUAUAGAGGUGAAGAUUAUCUUCAAUGGAGAGACCGAGUUGAGAACAUGUUAAAUAGAAAUAGUCGAAUAUGGAUGUAUGAAAACGACCGAGAUGCUACACAGUCAUUACCCACAUCUCCUACACUUAAUAAUGCAUUUUACAACCAUCGAAUCAUCCCUCAAGGCAUAGAUGGAACUUUUGUAACUGUGAGUCCAAAAAAACGGCGAGGGAAUUUACCCAAAGCCACAACUGCUCUACUAAAAGACUGGUUAGCUCGACACAAAAAACAUCCUUAUCCGACCGAAGAAGAAAAACAAGAUCUUGCAAAGGAGACUAUGCUGAAUUUGCAACAGAUUUCUAAUUGGUUUAUUAAUGCAAGACGAAGGCAUUUGCCUCUUAUGCUCAACUCAUCAAAUUCUAAAAGCACCGGUAAUGACCUAGAUAUCUAUCCGUACAAAAAUGCUGAAAAAGCUGAUGGCGACGCCUCAGAUAUUAAAUCUGCAAAGCGUCAUGCAGCACGAGCAUGCUCGCGGAUUCUAAACGGUGCUAUUAAAAAACCAAAACCAACGUGUAGAGGAAGGAAGUCUACAUUAUAA